AUGGGGCUGAGAUUUCUUGCACUAGUGUGUCUGGUGGGAGCUGCUUUUGCUGGCCCAGUCCAGAGACAGUCUGAAAGUCGAUGCGCUAAGGAAUGCCAUCUUUCAUCACAUCCAAAACUUCGUUAUGAGCCUGGAAAAGCUUACAUUUAUGAAUACAAAUCCCAAAAUAAUAUUACCUCUGUUGGAAAUCCAAAACAGAAUGCCACCAUUGAAGGAACAGUGGAAUUUCACCUCCUCACCCAUUGUGAAGGUAUCCUGAAGAUCAAAAACAUCAGGCUACAACAAAAGGUGUCGCAGGAUGAAAAAGAUGACCUAAUAAAGAAAUUGGAAUUGCCACUGACAUACUCCUAUUAUGAUGGUAAAUUUGAUCAUGUUUGCCCACAUCCUGAAGAAAGCACCCAAUCUUUGAACCUCAAAAAAGGUAUCAUUUCUUCAAUUGUCAAUGAACUGCCCACCUUUGAAGAAUCUCAAGUAAUUGACGAGGUGGAUAGUUUGGGUAAAUGCCGUACGAAAUACACUGUCCAAGGAGAGGAUAAAGAAAUUUUGAUUACGAAAACAAAGGACUUGAAAUCUUGCACUAAAAGGCAUACUUUUAUUACUUUUUUCAUUAAAAAGAAUCUUCCAUCUUCCUUACUUUUUAAAGACGACCACUUGGAGUGUAAACAAUAUGUUUCCAAUGGAGUAUUCCAUAAGGUAGUGUGCUACGAACACGAAAAGCUUAAAACACCAUUAAAGAAUCGUGAAAGCGUAAUCGAAUUUUCUGGAAAGAUUCAACUCAGUUAUACCGGGACCAAACCAGCAGAAAAACUGUCAUGGCAAGAACCUGUUAACGAAGAAGAAAUUUCGUACAGUAUCGACGAACCCCGUGAUGGUGACAGAAAUGUAAAAGAAGUCGAACGCGUUUUAAAAAGUCUUUGUUCCACACAUACCUUUACAGUUCCCAUAACUGUAGGCAAAGAUUUCAUUAAACUGGUCUCCCUCGUUAAGAGUUUGAAAUAUCGAGAACUCGAAAAAAUCGACGAGUCCUUGAAGGAUGGAACAUUAUGCUCCUCGAAGAAAGUUAGGGACAUUUUCGUUGAUACCUUACCAAUUGUUGCAACUGAUCCUGCUAUCAAACUGAUGGUGAAAUUACUGGUCAACGACGAAGUAACAGGAUUGAAAUCCAAAUUAUGGCCUGCAACCUUGGCUCUGAAGCAGAAACCUACCAAAGAUACUGUGGCCGCUAUUGUUCCUCUUGUGAAAAAGGAUCCAUCUACAUCUACAUUAAUUGGAGUUGCCACUCUUAUUAAUCAUCUAUGUUCUUCAGAGGAUUGUGACAAAAUACCAGCGGUUGGUGAAGUAGUCGCAGUAUUGAACGAUUACUUGGGAUCCAAAUGCUCUUCUGAUGACGAAAAGCAGAUUCUGAAAGCCUUGAGAACCUUUGGAAAUAUGGGUUACCACGGAAAAGCAAGCAAAAACAUCAUUGCAUGUGCAAAAGACAGCUCUAAGCCAAUCCGAAUUAGGAUGGCUGCUAUCGAUUCAUUUAGACGAAUAAACGAUAAGAAACCACAAGAAUUCCUUCAUAUGUAUUCCGACAAGAAUGAAGAUUAUACCAUCAGAAUUGCAUGCUUUCAAUCUGUUUUUAAACAUGCUGAUAAGAAACAACUAAAAGAGGUGAAAAAAAUUGCUGAAUCUGAAACCCAUGAGCAAGUAUCUGGAUAUGUGUACACUUACAUACAAAAUAUAAACAAGACACAUUCUUCGAAGCAUCAAAACAUCAAGGGCUUGCUUCAAGACAUCAAAAUUAAUGCACCAAAAGUGGAUUACUUGACGAAUUCCAAAAACAUUGAGCUUUCUGCUUUCUACCAGCCAUUAAAGCUUGGUGGCUCUGUUGAAACUGACAUGGUUCACGGUGAAAAAACAAAACUUCCUCUUUCUGUACGCACUCGCUUUGAUGUAGACCUGUUUGGCCAAGAUAUAAACGUACUGGAUGUCGGGGUGAGAGCUGAAGGUAUUGAAAAUAUAAUUCAAAAUCUCAUUGCAUUGAAAGACAAGAUUCCUAAAUUCGAGCAGAUCCGUGACAAGCUUGCCCAGAAACCAUCUCUUGAAGAACUCAAGGACGAAUUUAGCUUCUUAACUGCAGAAAAAGUAUUUGGAGACUCUGUUCCUGAAUUAGCUAUGAAAUUUAGAACAUUGGAAAUCGAACUUUUAGAUGUAUCAACAUCUGAUCUAUCUGGUAUAAAAGAAAUGCUUAAAAUUGCUGAAUUAAUGACCAAGUUGGCCCGUGGACAGGAUGCAGACUUCUCUCACAGCUUUAUUUUCAUGAGCUCAAAACUUGUCGUUCCCAGUGUAACUGGUAGAUCUUAUUCCAUUGACCUGACUGGAAGCUCAACUGUAGGCUUGACUGCUAAAAGUAAAGCUGACUUACUGAAUCUUCCAAAAAAUGCUGAUGUUCACCUCCACUUCAAUCCAAGUGUGAAUUUGGAAAUCUCUGUAACGGCUGGCAUUCAGUCUAACACUCACAGACCAGAUAUCAAACAUGUGUCCCGUCUCCAUUUGGAAUCCGAUGUUGAGGCUAGAGUUGAAGUGAGGGAUGGACAUGUAGCUAUAGUGAGCUUGACGUUGCCAUCAGAGAACAUUGCAUUGGCUAAAAUGAGAACGGAUGUAUACGAAAUCGACGAGGACCACAAUGAGAAACUUAUUUUCCAAAGAAGACAAAAGAAAUUUGAUCACUGCUUCACGCACCUAAACAAACCCCUAGGAAUCUCUGCCUGCGCUUCUGUGGAAGUGCCCAGGCCUUUUGUGAUUCAGUCUUUUCCAUAUAUUGUACCAUUUGGAAGUGGUGAAAUAGCUUUGAAGAAAUCUGAUAACAGUUUUAAAUCCUAUGUAUUACGUUUGGAAAUUCCUAAACAAGUUAGUCCAAGUAUGAAAUACAAAGCUUCUUUUGACACGCCUGGAUCAACGAUUUUAAGAAGGUUCGCAGCAGACCUAGAAGUAAAAGAACAGAGAGAUCAAAAAGAUGUUUUGUUGAAGUUGGUCUCUCCAUUUAAAACUGUUGGAGGAAGUGGUAAGUUAAAAUCUCUGACGAUGAUCAGAAACAAAUUUUGA